GCAUUUCUGAACAUCAGGCUGCAACUGUCCCAUUGGGCAGAUAUGCAGCUAAUUGAGGUCAAUAAUACAGAUUUUAAGCAUGAUAUUGAAGUUCUUUACUGUUUUCCUGACCACAACUCCUCUUGCAGAAAGGAGGUCCGGACAGGCACUGGGAAUAUACUUUUGUUCAUUUUUCUCUCAUGUAUAUCUGUGUGUACUGUGAUUUUGAACUUGUUGGUGAUUAUCUCCAUCUCUCACUUCAAGCAGCUCCACACUCCAACCAACCUGCUCAUCCUCUCUCUGGCUGUGGCAGAUCUUCUCAUGGGAAUGUUUGUCAUGCCUGUGGAUAUAAUGCAGUUAAUAGAUUCCUGCUGGUAUCUUGGGAAAUUGUCAUGUUGUAUUCUUGAUUUGAUCAAUUGUCUCUCAGUAACAGCAUCUCUUUGUAGUCUGACUUUUAUUGCAGUUGAUCGGUACAUUGCUGUCUGUGAUCCUCUGCUUUAUUCUACUAGAGUCACAGUGUGCAAAACAUCUCUGAUCAUAAUUCUAGGUUGGUCUUUUGCUGUUUUUUACAUUAUUAUUAUUUGUUAUUUUAACGAUCAUCUUCUUCCCUCUCAGCUGUCCAGUAACUGUUAUGGGGAGUGUGUAAUGGUAAUGAAGUAUUCCUGGUUGAUUGUUGACCUAGUGGUUUCAUUCCUAACUCCUUGUUCUGUCAUAAUUGUUACAUAUUUAAUCAUUUUUAAAGUGGCAAGACGUCAAGCUAAAGCUGUCAGAGCUGUAAAAAAUGGUGCCGGAAACAAUCAUGGACCACAAAGUUCAAGUUCUUCUGAAACAAAAGCAGCAAAAAAAUAGGCACAGUGAUUUUUGUUUUUAUUGCUUUCUGGAUACCAUUUUAUUUAGGUUCUUUUUCAGUUGAUAAUU